AUGCUGGAUAUUACCGAGCUUCUAUCCAUGAUUAUCGCAGUAGUCCGAAGCCCGAAAACCUACCGCGUCAACUCGCUACAAGGCGUUCGCCUCUGGUCGUGCCUUCCUCACUCGAUCACCCAGGAGCAAGCACGUCGGCUUGAAAAGCUGGAAUCAUCCGGCGUGUACGAUUUAACCGACCAAUCCACGAACUCCAUAUCCCGGCGGGCAAACCGGCAGUAUCUCCAGCCACGCCUGCUACUACGCAUAGCCGUUGCCCCGAUAUCCGAGCCUCAGAACCAUAUCGAAAGACUCAACGUCAAGCGGAUCGUGGGGGACAAGUCCAAGAAACUCGCACUUCAAGGACUGCAGCUACUGUUUCACUGCGAAUAUCUCACGUUGGUCCAAUACGUCGAGUGCGUGGUCCCGCUCGUGUUUAUCGUGUACCAGUUGAUCCUAAGCCAACUUCCCAACGCCGCCUUCUAUCCGCACGAUGAUACGGACUGGACAGUGGCGACGAUCACGAAUCUCGUGGCGUUUGCACUCAUGAAAGUGGCCUCGUUCCUGUUCCUGAGCGCAGAACUCGUUUAA